GAAUGAAUGUCGAGCAAAAUAAACGAACAUAUUCUGAGCAACCAUAACAUUAUUAAACAAAACUAUACAGUAGUAUUGUGUUACCUUUCCCCUCGCUGCGGUGAAGUGGACAAACACGGAAGUAGGUGUGCCACACCAAAAUGGCACUUCGAAAAGUCGGUAGUCGUGUUUGGACCGUCCGGAAGAUUACACUUCAGACUUCUGUCUUUCCAACUGGUGUUAGAUUGAAGGCAACAUGUCCAGUGGAAGUAAGUCAUGUGGAUCAUUUGGUGCUGACUGUGAAAAGCGUGUCAGAAACCAUCGACUUCUACACAUCAACUCUGGGCAUGGAGGUCGUUACUUUCAAGGGUAACCGUAAGGCUCUGGGCUUUGGGAAGCAGAAGUUUAACCUUCACCAACUCGGGCAGGAAUUUGAGCCUAAAGCCAAGAAUCCCAUGCCUGGCUCUGCUGACCUGUGUCUCGUCACCAAAACCCCUCUGACAACCGUAGCUGCACACCUGAAGGUGUGUGGCGUCCAGAUAGAGGAGGGUCCAGUGGAGAGGACUGGAGCAGUGGGGACGAUUACCUCUCUGUACUUUAGAGAUCCAGAUAAAAACCUCAUCGAAGUGUCCAAUUAUAACCAGAAAAAAUCAGACAAUCGAGACUAAUAUUUCCUCUUGAACUUUGUUGUAUUCUUAAUUUUCUAUUUAAGUCAUCAUGAACACUUGAUUGAGACCACAGUAGAUUGUGUUAGUAGACAUCCUAGUUUUGUUUUGUAUUGCUCACUGCUACUGAUGUGAGGAAAAUUGUUUUUCUAGAUUGAAUUUUAUUUUAUCUUAACUGGUCCCUGCGGCUUAUACAAACGGUGCGGCUUAUUUACGGCCUGUUCUUCUCCGACAUCGACGAAGAGGAUUUCGGUGGUUUUAGUACGCAGGAGGAAGACGAUGACACAAUGAUUAAAGACUGACUUUUCAUAUACCGGUAGGCUGGUUAUUUUGAUAACGUACAGGCGAGCACUUUGUAUUACUUUGCACCGUUGUAUUAUUUGUACUCUGCACAAAUGCUGUUCGCCAUGUCAAAGAUGUGAAAGUUUGAUUGAAUGAUUGAAAGAUUUAUUGUUAAUAAGUGGGACGCUUUGCGUUCCCAAACAGUCAUCUCUGUCCCGACAAUCCCCUCCGUGGUAGCAGGAACCCCUUUAUACUACGGUAAUUACACAUCAAAACCCUGCGGCUUAUAGUCGGGUGCGGCUUAUAUAUGGAGCAAUCUGUAUUUUCCCCUAAAUUUAGCUGGUGCGGCUUAUAGUCAGGUGCGGCUUAUAGUCCGGAAAUUACGGUAACACUGACUAAAACUAGUUUUUCAAUUUUUGCAUUUAAUUUUUGCCUUUAAAUUUUCUGUAAAGCACUUUGCCUUGUGUACGAAUUGUGCUCUAUAAAUAAGUUGUGGUUUUGUCUUUCAUGUUGAAGGAAAGGAGAAAUCCAGUGGAGUACAUUGUGGUUGUCUACAUCCAUGCAUUUUAUUUUUCUAUCAAUGUAGUUCAUUUGUUUGUUUUUACUUGAUUGGUUCUGCAGCCUGCUCACUUGUAAAUGCAUACGCGAUGGCAACACUACUUGGCAAGCAGGAUGGAAUGCAUUGGCAGAGAUUUAUUAGGGUAGAGAAAGGUGCUUUUCACUCGGGUGUGGCUGUGAUCUCUGCACAGGAAGUAUUGAACGGUGUGCGUUCACCUGCGCAUGUGAGGAAACAGGAAAGGGAUUUGGAUUGUCGAACUUGUUGAUCACUUUGUACUCUUUUAUUCUACACACCGUUAUACACCACAUGAUUGCUACUUCUCGCUUAUGCAAAAGGAAUGUUUUUAAUAAACUUACAAAAUGCAGUCUGGAUCUGAGAGUUUUUGUACAGUAAGUGUGUUUGUUGUACAAGUUCCAAUAAUUCACUUCCACCUCUCUGCGACCUAAGGGAAAGUUAUGGAGAGAAAUGUCUUUUAAUGCAACCAUCCAUUUUUGUGUGUGCAAACAAA